CGUCACUCUCUGCCCCGGUAGAGCAGAGACGAUGCCUCUGGAGAGGUGACCACCGGCGGGAUCCCGAAGCACAUUUCUACCGGACGAAUAUGGCAAACGAACAAAAAUCCCACCAGAAUUAGCUGCUCCAUCUCAUAAAACAUGGCGAGGAGGAGGCGGUGAGAAGCGCUUUCUCCUGGAGGGAGGGCAGACCAGACCACGGCGCUCCUCUUGUCUCGUAAGAGGAUAAAGGAGAAAGGGGGAAUCGAGCUAUUUAUAAAGCGGACUGGUCUGGACUAUCCACCGGCGACAGCAUGAGCGUUGGGCCGGAUGAGAGCUCGGUGCGCGUCGCCCUGAGGAUCCGUCCUCAGCAGGCCAAGGAGAAGAUCGAGGGCUGCCACAUCUGUACGUAUGUGAUGCCCGGGGAGCCGCAGGUGUUCCUGGGUAAGGACAAGGCCUUCACCUACGACCACGUCUUUGAUAUAGAAACCCAGCAGGAGAGCAUCUACACGCACUGCACCGAGACUCUUAUCGAGGGCUGCUUGGAGGGAUACAAUGCCACUAUCUUUGCAUACGGACAGACGGGUUCGGGAAAGACCUACACCAUGGGAACAGGCUUCGACGUCAACAUCUCGGAGGAGGAGCUGGGUAUCAUUCCCCGGGCCGUCAACCACCUGUUCAGGGGGAUCGAGGCGCGCAGACAGGCUGCCACCGAGCAGGGCAGGCCUGUUCCCGAGUUCAAGAUCAACGCACAGUUCCUGGAGUUGUACAACGAGGAGGUGCUGGACUUGUUUGACUCAACACGAGACAUCGAGGCCAGGAAGCAGAGGUCCAACAUCAAGAUCCACGAAGACGCAAACGGAGGCAUCUACACUGUGGGGGUCACCACUCGCACCGUCACCUCUGCAGCCGAGAUGAUUCAGUGUCUGAAGCUGGGCGCUCUGUCUCGAACCACCGCCAGCACCCAGAUGAACGCCCAGAGCUCGCGCUCCCACGCCAUCUUCACCAUCCACCUGUGCCAAGUUCGAGUCUGCUCUUCCGAUAACGACGAGAAUGUAACAGACAACCGUCUAGCUAACGACACAGAGAUUAACGAGUUUGAAACGCUGACAGCCAAGUUCCACUUUGUGGACCUGGCUGGUUCUGAGAGACUGAAGAGAACUGGAGCUACAGGAGACAGAGCUAAAGAGGGCAUCUCCAUAAACUGUGGGCUGCUUGCUUUGGGAAACGUCAUCAGUGCUCUGGGAGACAGGAGUAAGCGCUCCACUCACGUGCCUUACAGAGACUCCAAACUGACCCGGCUGUUACAGGACUCACUAGGUGGCAACAGUCAAACGGUGAUGAUCGCCUGCAUCAGCCCGUCGGACCGGGACUUCAUGGAGACCUUGAACACUCUGAAGUACGCCAACAGAGCCAGAAACAUUAAGAACAAGGUGAUGGUGAACCAGGACAAAGCCAGCCAGCAGAUCAGCGUCCUGAGGACGGAGAUAGCGCGACUGCAGAUGGAGCUGAUGGAGUACAAGACGGGGAAGCGUAUGGUGGGUGAGGAUGGCAUGGAGGGCAUCAACGACUUGGUCCAUGAGAACUCCAUGCUGCAAACAGAGAACAACAACCUGAGGGUGAGAGUGAAGGCCAUGCAGGAGACCAUCGACGCCCAGAGAGGCAGACUCACACAGAUCCUCAGUGACCAGGCCAACCAGGUCCUGGCGAGAACAGGUGAAGGCAGUGAGGAGAUUGGGAACAUGAUUCAGAACUACAUCAAGGAAAUCGAGGAGCUCAGAGCUAAACUUCUUGAAAGUGAAGCUGUGAACGAGAAUCUGAGGAAGAGUUUGUCCCGGGCCUCAACGCGCUCCACGCUGUACGGUGGCCCCGGCAGCUCCUUCUCCCAAACCCACCUCGAACCCGAGAAGGAGGCAAGCGACGUCAUCGAGAUGGCCAAGAAAAGCCUGGAGAAACUCAAGAAGAAGGAGAGGAAGAAGAAGAAGAGACUGAGGCGGUGCGAGGAGAGUCACCACCAAGAGGUUGAACACACCAGUGUUAUCAAAGAGGAAUUGCCAGACAACGACCAUGAGCGAGGCAACGAGGAGACAGAGGAGGGCAGCAGCCACGAAGAAGGCGAGGAAGCGGAUGGAGAGGAGGAGGACUUUGACGUUGUGGGAGACGAGACCUCUGACGACUCAGACUCCGAAGAUCUGGAGGAGAAAGAAAACGUCCAGGCCGACCUGGCCAACAUCACCUGCGAGAUCGCCAUCAAGCAGAAGCUGAUAGACGAGCUAGAGAACAGCCAGCGGCGUCUGCACACUCUCAAACAGCAGUACGAACAGAAGCUGACGAUGCUGCAGAACAAGAUCCGAGACACGCAGCUGGAGAGGGACAAGGUGCUGCAUAAUAUGGGUUCAGUGGAGUCGGGUACGGAGGAGAAGGCUAAGAAGAUCAAAACGGAGUAUGAGAGGAAGCUAAGCUCCAUGAACAAAGAGCUGCAGAAGCUCCAGUCAGCUCAGAAGGAGCACGCCCGCCUGCUGAAGAACCAGUCGCAGUACGAGAAGCAGCUCAAGAAACUCCAGCUGGAUGUGAGCGAGAUGAAGAAGACCAAGGUGGUACUGAUGCGUCAGAUGAAGGAGCAGCAGGAGAGAAACAGAGCCACAGAGUGCAGGAGGAACAGGGAGAUUGCCUCUCUGAAGAAAGACCAGCGCAGAGCUGAGCACCAACUGAAGCAGAUGGAGGCCCAGAAAAGACAACAGGAGUUGAUUCUUCGCAGGAAGAACGAAGAGGUGACAGCUCUCAGGCGGCAGGUGAGGCCCGUGUCUGGGAAGGUGAGCCGGAAGGUGAGCUUACCUGAGCCUCUGCAAGAGUCGCCUCAUAGAGCCCUUCCAGGAAGGAUGCAGACUUCUGGAGCAUCCCCAGCCAAUGGAGCGAGGAGUUCCCCAGUGCGGAUGGGAAGUAUCUACAUCAACAGGACAGCCAGGAUCAAAUGGCAGUCACUUGAGAGACGUGUCACUGACAUCAUCAUGCAGAGGAUGACCAUCUCCAACAUGGAGACGGAUAUGAACAGACUGCUGAAGCAACGGGAGGAGCUGACCCGGCGGAGGGAACGAGUUACCAGAAAAAGAGAAAAGAUGGCGGUGGAGGGUGCAGACGCCGACCGCUCCCUGACCUCCCUGAACGAGGAGCUGGAGUCUCUGGGCGCCAACAUUGACUAUAUAAACGACAGCAUCGCCGAGUGCCAGGCCAACAUCAUGCAGAUGGAAGAGGCCAAGGAGGAAGGAGACACAGUUGAUGUCACCGCGGUGAUCAGCUCCUGUAAUUUAUCAGAAGCCCGCUUCCUUCUGGAUCAUUUCAUGACUAUGGCCAUCAAUAAGGGUCUGCUGGCGGCCCAGAAGGAUUCCCAGAUGAAGGUGAUGGAGGGUACUUUAAAGCAAACAGAGAUCAACAACGCCACCCAGAACCAGCUGCUGUUCCACAUGCUGAAGGAGAAAGCGGAGAUCAACCCUGAGCUGGACGCUCUGCUGGGCAGCGCUCUGCAAGAGAAUGGAGAUGGCAGCAGCAGUGACGAGUCGAACCCCAGUCCAGCUGCAGAGGGCAGCACACUCGCAUCAGAUCUAAUGAAGUUGUGUGGUGAAACCAGACCAAGAAGCAAGGCUCGCAGACGGACCACCACCCAGAUGGAGCUGCUGUAUGCCGGCAGUGGGGAUCCGUCCUGUGAAUCCCCCACCGGAGACUUCUCGGCCCCUCUGCUGCCCCUCUCAGAGCGCCUGGAAGGGUCGGCAGACAUGCAGGGUCACGCGCCUGCUCAAACCCCUGACCGCGAGCAAACUGUUUCCCCAUCUGCACUGUCUGCCAGGCCAGCUGGCAUUUCUGGAUGCAGGUCACCUACAGGAACUGAGAGAAGGCCACCUGAGCGAUCGCCCCUCAGCCGAAGGAGGGUGCAAGAGAGGGGAGCCACGGCGACACACAUCCCAGCACCCACACCCACACCUCCGCUUAGCACAGCGGAGGCUAAAACUAAAGGCAGUGACCACAAACCACUGUUGGAGGAGUCCCCUGUGUUUGAUGGCCACAGAGGUGUGAUCAACCCUUUGACGGCUCAGAAAAACAGCCGUGGGGCCAAACUUCAGUGUGUCUACGUAGCAGAGGGGCACACCAAGCCUGUUCUCUGCGUGGAUGCCACAGAUGAUCUGCUCUUCACGGGAUCCAAAGACCGUACAUGUAAGGUCUGGAACUUGGUGACGGGUCAGGAGAUCAUGUCUCUGGCAGAUCAUCCCAGCAGUGUCGUCUCAGUCAGGUACACUUCAAGUCUCGUUUUCACUGUUUCAACUGCUUACAUCAAAGUGUGGGACAUACGAGACUCUGCCAAGUGUAUCCGCACACUAACGUCAUCAGGCCAGGUGGGUUCAGGGGAUAUCUGCUCGUCUGUCAGGAGUUUAUCCAUCCCACCAGGAGAGAGUCAGAUCAACCAGAUCGCCCUCAACGCCUCUGGCUCCUUCCUGUACGCUGCCGCUGGCAAUGCUGUGCGCAUGUGGGACAUCCGCAAAUUUGUAUCCACGGGGAAGCUUACCGGCCAUUUGGGACCAGUAAUGUGUCUGACUGUUGACAAAUUAGGUCACGGGCAGGACAUUGUCCUCACUGGCUCCAAAGACCAUCAUAUUAAAAUGUUUGAGGUGGCAGAAGGUGCCCAGGGUAGCAUCAGCUCCAUCCAAACGUUUGAUCCCGCCCAUCAGGACGGCGUGGAGUCUCUGGCCGUGCACGGGGAUGUUUUCUACAGCGGCUCCAGAGACUAUCACAUCAAGAAGUGGGACCUCGGCAGUAAACGGCUGCUGCAGCAGUCUGUCAGUGCACAGGCGGACUGGGUUAGUGCUCUGGGCGUGAUGCCAGGCCAGUGGCCCGGCUCCCCAGUGCUCCUCAGCGGGUGCAGAGGAGGGCUGCUGCGCCUGUGGCACGCCGACUCGCUGGCGCCCCUCGGCGAGGUCCGUGGACACGACAGUCCCAUCAACGGGCUGGCCACUAACAGCAGCCAACUGUUCACCGCCUCAGAUGACCGAACAGUGAAGAUUUGGGAGGCCAAAGGUUCUCUGGAGGAGGGAGUCCACUGACACCUGCUUCAGGAUCUGAAAUAGAGGAUCAUCUUGCGCCCUUUACUCAAUCAAAAUGAAUAAUUUGUGAAGCAAAUUUAUCACCUAUGACUUGACAAAGUGUUGGAUUGGAGCCCAAAGUGUGGGUCCACCUGAAGAAGAAUCUUUAAACAACACUGAUCCUUCACUGAUGCUCCACUGGGAUCAGUUUCAGGGAAGUCUAAUUAGAUGCGACAGCUCUCAGUCUUUCAAGCUGUGCUGAUAUUAAAGGUCAAGACGAAUCAAAGUGGAGCCGCUUAAUUCUUCUGUAUAGCUCCGCUGACUGAACAACAGCUGCGAUGGAAAGCAUCUUUCAAAACUGCGACAGAAAGCAGCAGAAUAACAAAUAUGGAAUUCUGUCUCAAUCGAUCCAGGAGUCUCUGCUUUGCUUUCAACAUUCCUCUCCUCAGUUCAGCACUCAACAACAUGGAUACCUUCUAUGCAUAACCUAAAGUGACUUUUGCCCAAGCUGCUGAGAAAAGAAACAAACAGGUUUUGGUGAAGGGCUUUGCUUUCUUGCACCAAUUGUUGAUUGCGGAGAGAGUCUGUGUCCCAAAACAAGACAUAGAUAUCUGCUGCUGACCAGCAAUAACUGUGAGUCCAUCCUGUGUGU